AUGCCGAAACCAAACCUCACCGACGACGAACGCAAUGGUGCGCUUCAUCAGCUCUUGGCGCUGAUGGCACCUGAUGGAACCAUGCCACGAGGUGCAUUCGCUCAGGUGGCGGAACGCUUUGGAGUUGCCAGGCACACGAUCCGGCGAAUUUGGCACAGAGCGUCCGUCGACGUUACGAACCCACGCCAACUAUGCCAAGACGUGUCGUCCCGUCAAAAGGGCAGAUCUGGCCGAAAGCCAAAGCACACAUCCAUUGCAGACGUCAUCAAGGACGUCCCGAUGGCACACCGAACGAGUUUUGCAUCCAUGGCGGCCGCAACGAACAUUCCCAAGUCGACUCUCCACGCAUACUUCAAGCGCGGGGCGUUUGUCAAGUCCUCGACUCCUGCCAAGCGUUUGGUCCCUGUUCCUAAAAAGGUGGCUCGCGAUACUAUGGCCAACGACGCUAACAAGGCGGCCCCUGGUACUACUACGGAGUCCUCCGGAGUGCUAUGAAUAGGCCAUGAGUAUGUACUCUAACUCGUCACCUCGAUGGACAGAAUGUAGUUGUAGUUUUUUACAAAUUUGUAACUAUGGACACACCUUUCAGA